AUGUGUAACUGGAUCUGCACCAUUGAGGUUUGCCCCACUUGCAACAGCAAGCAGAAGACUAGCUACGAGGCUUUCCACUGUGAAGCCAAUUGCUACCCUGUCCGCCGAAACGCUUUCUUUUGUAAAAACUACAGAAAACUCAACAACGAGAUCAUAGCUGAUUCUCCAUGCAUCGAUUGCGAAGAACCGAUCUCUGUCUUCGAAAACUCAGAUUCAAGCGAGGAUGAGCAGAAGACAGAAAUGGACAGCGAGACUGUUGCAGUUGACGACGCUUCAGAGGAUGAACGCGACUCAAAUGAUGGGAACAUGUCCGAUGUCUCAGAAGUUUCAGCACUCUCAGACGAAGAUGAUCAAGAUCAUGAGACAGUCAUGGAAGGUUUGAUGGCAGGACAAAUUCAGUACGACGACGACGACACGUUUGACGCGCGGGAAUUCUUUGGCGAUCCAGACUUGGACGAAGAGGAAUCACCAUUCUGGCCCAGAAUCGAGAUGUUGAGGAGAGGGUUGGAUUAG